AUGGCUUCGUCCGAUGUCAUGAGCCUCAGAGAUAGGCAAAUUGCCUCUAUCGAAAGAAUGCUAAUGUUCAACCAAGACACAUCAACAACCGAUCUCACAUCAGGUUUGGAUGGACAGGAGGUUAUUUGGAAAAUUCUAGUGCUUGACACCAAAAGUACUGCAAUUGUCUCUUCAAUUUUGAGAGUGAACGACCUUCUAAAGUCGGGGGUGACCGUUCACAGUCUAAUUCAGCAGAAGAGAUCUCCGCUCCCUGAUGUCCCCGUGGUAUACUUUGUGCAGCCAACAAAAGAGAAUGUUGAAGCUAUAGUGCAAGACUUGAAUGAAGACAAAUACUCCGAUUUUUACAUCAACUUUACUUCAGUACUCAGUCGCGAGCUUUUAGAACACCUUGCCCAACAAGUCUCUUUAACUGGCAAGUCAGACAAGAUCAAGCAAGUGUAUGACCAAUAUACCGAGUUUGUGGUUACAGAGCCAGAGCUCUUUUCCCUAGAAAUUCCUUCCGUAUUUCGCCAGUUAAACGACCCAAACACAGGUGAAAACGCCAUUAACAAUCUUUGUGACCAGGUGGCAAAUGGCCUUUACGAUGCUGUCAUGACAGUUGGAUCCAUCCCUAUUAUUCGCGCACCCAAAGGUGGCCCUGCAGAAUUGGUGGCCCAAAAACUAGAAAGCAAAUUGCGCGACUACGUUAUCAACACUAGAUCAAAUCCCGACUUAGGCAUCAAUUCUUUAGAACGCUUUGUUCUGAUAAUUUUGGACAGAAACAUUGACCUAGCUUCAAUGUUUGCUCACUCGUGGAUAUACCAGAGUUUAGUUUUUGAUGUCUUCAAAUUGGCCAGGAACACAAUUACAAUCCCAACAAAGGACAGCGAAGGUCAUGAAAUAGCGAAAAAAAUGGAUAUUGAUCCUAGAGACUUCUUCUGGUCUGAAAAUGCUCACUUACCUUUCCCGGAUGCUGUUGAAAAUGUCGAAGCCGCUCUAGCGGCUUACAAGGCCCAAGCAGAAGAAAUUACGAGAAAGACCGGUGUGAGUGAGCUGAGUGAAUUAGACCCAAGCUCUAACAAUGAUACACUCAACAUUCAAGAAGCAGUUAGCAAGCUUCCGGAACUAACAUCAAGGAAAGCUGUUAUUGACACACAUAUGUCCGUAUUAGCUGCUUUACUGUCCCAGCUUGAGCAAAAAGGGCUCGAUGCCUUCUUUGAGAUUGAGCAAGGUCAAGACUCACCCAAAACUCGUCAAAGGUUUCUUGAAACCCUUAAAGACGGUAAGAGCACGAAUUUAGAGGACAAGCUGAGAACCUUCAUCAUCCUAUACCUGACCUCAAGCACUGAAAUUCCUGACAGCUUUGUGAAGGAAGUGGAGAAGUACUUUGAGAAGCAGGAAUACGACAUAAGCCCUUUGCGCUACAUAUACAAGUCUAAGGGACUCAUGAAGCUGUCUGCUAUGUCGUUACAAAACAAGUCGUUGGAGAGCGCUAAUUCUGAUGGAAAGAACCAGACUUAUGGCACCAACUCGUCAGUUCUUCUUUCUGGCCUUUCAAGCAAACUAUAUGGGCUCACUGAGGGUAAAAUUCAAGGCGGUGUUGGCUCUCUCAUUUCUGGAAUAAAGAACUUUUUGCCCGAAAAGAAAACCAUACCAAUCACUAAUGUGGUAGAAGCGAUAAUGGAUCCAUUGAACAGCUCCCAAAAGAACCUCGAGACAACAGACAACUACUUGUACUUCGAUCCCAAGGUAAUCAGAGGUUCGCAUAGCAAAAAGCCGAAGAGACAAUCUUACAACAAAUCGACCGUCUUUGUCAUAGGGGGAGGAAACUAUCUAGAAUAUCAAAACCUACAGGAAUGGGCUCAUUCUCAGCAAUCUAACAUUAAGAGCGUCAUUUAUGGUAGCACUUCUAUUUCGACCCCCACGGAUUUCCUGAAGGAAAUCUCUUCUCUGGGCUAG